GCCGUGCUGCACAGGCGCAUCGGUUCUUUGCUUAAAAAAUCACCAGAAAUAACAACAAUUGUGCUCGUCUCCGCACCUCCAGAUAAACCCUGGUCUGGCAUGGGCGACAAGAGGAGUCCCACAAGGCCGAAGCGUCAACCGAAGCCCUCCUCCGACGAGGGGUUUUGGGACUGCAGCGUGUGCACGUACAAGAACACAGCAGAGGCUUUCAAGUGCAUGAUGUGUGAUGUCAGGAAAGGGACAUCAACAAGGAAACCUCGUCCUGUCUCCCAGCUCGUCUCGCAGCAGCAGGUAACUCAGCAGUUCGUGUUGCCCUCGCAGCCCAAAAAGGAAAAGAAAGAGAGAGUAGAGCGGGAGAAGAGCGACAAAGAGCCAGCGCUCAAGAAGAACAGUCACAAGAAGAUGAGGCCACGAUUAAAAAACAUCGACCGGAGCAGCGCCCAGCACCUGGAGGUGACGGUUGGGGACCUGACAGUCAUCAUAACAGACUUUAAGGAGAAGGCCAAGCCCUCGUCCACCUCGGCCACGUCCUCCAGCGCCGCAUCGGUCGCCGACCACCACAGCCAGAACGGCUCCAGCUCGGAAAACACAGAGAAGGGGCUUUCCCGCUCCUCCUCACCCCGAGGAGAGGGCAGCUCGGUAAACGGAGAGUCCCACUGAGUCAACCCCUGAACCCAACACCCACCACCCCCCAUCCCA